GUAGUCGUAAGGUUGCAGUAUGCAUUAAAACUUUAAUAGUAAGAUCCGUUGUUCCAGAGUAGAUGAUUCCUUAAGAAUUGUGAAGUCAGGAGCAGUUUUAAGAAUUUUAUUAUAAGUGGAAUAAUCUUACGGAAUAAUUGUGCUUGUGUCAUACUACGACGAAUUCAAAUUAACAAACAUACCUACCUAUGAAAGAACUUCCUUGAUUUCUGAAUUCAGUUAACUAAAGGAUAGAGAAGAAGUUAAUUUCAAGGAAAUAGACAAACUAGUAAUAAAGACUUUUAAAGGGAAAUUAUUUUCAGUAAUAUCAAAGAAGAUUAGCAUGAAGAAGACAGUUAUUGUAAAGAAACUAGAUAUUACAGUAAUCAGAACUUUUGAAAAUUUACUCCACUAGAAUAAAUAAGGAAGAGAGCAACUUUAAAGGAAGCUUUGAAGGAAAGUCUUAACAAGGUCAACAUAAAAUUAUAAAUAUAUACCUACUACUCGUAACAUCUUUUACCAAAGAGGUACAAAUAAAAUAAAUUAGAGAUACAUAUUUCUAAAGCCUAGUCUAUCCUGUUCAGUAAAAAUGAAAACGUAAUUUUAUCGAAAUCAUCAAUACUAAUAGCAGAAUUUGAAUGCACUUUUAAUUACUUUCAAAAACAAGGAAAAAUUUUACCAAAAUAUAAAGUCUGGUUGUAAAAUAAAAUAUGCGUUUGGAAAUACCGGAGUGCAAGCGGUGCUGCUGCUGUUUACCGUUAAGACAUGGCGUUCUGGUUUUUGGAUACCUUAAUUUGGUGUUUUCAAUAUUCAUCGUGGCGAUGGAGAUCGUGAUAGCGUAUAAAGGAACAUACUUCACCAACCAUACUAUGAUGAUGUUUAGGGGUGUACACGUUUACACCCAUGUGUGGUUCGCCGCCGUGCUCUAUAUCUCUGAAAUCAUCUUUAACAUUAUUCUUCUGGUUGGAGCUCAUAUGAAAAAGACACAAUUGAUGCGGGCGUAUUACUACUACGGCAUCACCACGACCCUCGCCUCUCUCGUCACGUUCUUCGUGUUAUGGCUGAGCUCCAUUAACACUUGCACUAAUUGCUACUGGUCGUACUACGUCAUUUUACUGAGCUUCGUUCUCUGCGGUGUAGGUAUCCAAGUAUAUCUCCUGUUGCUGAUAAGGAGCGAGCUGCUGAAGAUCAGGCAGAACAGCCGCCUCUGCUACGUUAACCAUGCUUCCGAGAUGGUGGUUGACACGCCCUUACAAACUGGCCACAACCCUUUCUAGAAGCAAUAUGAUGUCUACUGCGUAAAAUAUUUUCUCCUGGGUAUUGUAAUGUGUUUGCGCCUUCACCUUCUACGUCGAUAUACAGGUUAUAAGUAGAAUGCUAGCAAAAACGAAGAUAGGUACUGGUACUGA